AUGGAGCCCUGACCGAACGUCCUCGUUACCCAGAAACCCAGAGCUGGAGCACAGCACGAGCUGGUGAGUCAGCCUUGGAGAGACCAUCGCACAAGCGGUGCAGGAGCAGGCAGCCUGCAGACUCAAGAAACUUCCACCAUGACCACGGCGGGUGUUUUUGUGCUCCUCUCCUUUGCGCUUUGCUGCUUCCCAGAUGCUGCCUUUGGGGUUGAGGUGGACUGCAGUACGUAUCCCAACACUACAAAUGAGGAAGGCAAAGAGGUGUUGGUCUGCACCAAGAUCCUCAGCCCUAUCUGCGGUACCAAUGGAGUCACCUACAGCAAUGAGUGCCUGCUCUGUGCCUACAACGUAGAAUAUGGAACCAAUGUCAGCAAAGACCACGAUGGAGAAUGCAAGGACGUCAUCCCUGUGGGCUGCAGUAGAUAUCCCAACACGACCAAUGAGGAAGGCAAAACGGUGUUGCUCUGCAACAAAGACCUCAGCCCUGUCUGUGGUACCGAUGGGGUCACCUACGACAACGAGUGCCUGCUGUGUGCCCAUAACAUAGAGUCUGGAACCAGUGUUGGCAAGCAGUACGAUGGUGAAUGUAAGAAGGAAAUUGCUACAGUUGACUGCAGUGACUACCCUAAACCUGUCUGCUCGCUUGAGUACAUGCCUCACUGUGGCUCUGACAACAAAACAUACAGCAAUAAGUGUAACUUCUGCAAUGCAGUCAUGGACAGCAAUGGGACUCUCACUUUAAGCCAUUUUGGAAAAUGUUGA